CGACUCAUUUCUUGUGGUCAAUUGCCAUGCAGGCAGAGUUUGAGCUAUAUAUAUAUAUAUAAUAGCCGACUCGCUUGAAUUUCUCUUGUUCCAUUUUGGGCAAUUGAAAUGGAAGCAGCUGUGUUCAAUCUACCCUUGUGCGGAAUUCAUCACUUCUCUUCCAAAUUAAUGGAAGCUCAAGCUGGAAAAUCCAUGUUCGGAGUGGAGCUUCCUCAAUCUUUGAAGUCCAGCUCAUUUCAUCUUCGUUGGGGAGGUUCUUCGAAGCUGAGGCAGAAAUCCAGAUCGAGCAUCCGAGUAUUGGCUUCCAGCUCGAACUCUGUUUAUGAAUCUUCUGCGACAUCGAAAAUUGAGAAAGAUGAUGAUGGAAGUCUUGUUUGCCCUCCUGGUUAUCAGCCCACGCCGGGUAAUCGCGAGCUGCGGACUCCUCACAGCGGGUAUCACUUUGAUGGGAGUACUAGGAAAUUCUUUGAAGGUUGGUACUUCAAGGUAUCAAUUCCACAGAAGAGGCAGAGUUUCUGCUUCAUGUACUCCGUUGAGAACCCUGCAUUUCCCAAGAAAUUAACACCAGUAGAAAUCGCACAACAUGGACCUAGAUUUACAGGAGUUGGAGCACAGAUUCUUGGUGCUUAUGACAAAUACAUAUGCCAAUACUCUGAAGAUUCUCAAAACUUUUGGGGAAGUAGGCAUGAACUGUGUCUGGGCAACAGUUUUGCAACUAAAGGAGGUUUUAAGCCUCCAGACAAGGAAGUCAAUCCGGAGGAGUUCAAUAAAAAGGUAGUGGAAGGAUUUCAAGUCACUCCACUUUGGCAUCAAGGAUUUAUUCGUGAUGAUGGCAGGAGAAACGUUCCAGAGAAAAUUAUCCAGUUUAAGCAAGAGACAAACUAUUUGGAAACUGUAAAAACUGCUCGGUGGGAAUACAGUACUCGCCCAGUUUAUGGCUGGGGAAAUGUUGGAUCUAAGCAGAAGUCAACAGCUGGCUGGCUUGCAGCCUUUCCAGUAUUUGAACCUCAUUGGCAAAUAUGCAUGGCAGGCGGGUUAUCGACAGGUUGGAUUGAGUGGGAGGACGAGAGGUUCGAGUUUGUAAAUGCCCCUUCAUACUCCGAAAAGAACUGGGGUGGAGGAUUCCCUAGAAAAUGGUUUUGGGUUCAGUGUAAUGUUUUUGAAGGUGCUCAUGGAGAAGUUGCUCUUACUGCUGGUGGAGGGUUGAGACAACUUCCUGGAUUGACGGAAACCUUUGAAAAUGCUGCAUUGGUUGGAGUUCAUUAUGAUGGAAUUUUUUAUGAAUUCGUGCCAUGGAAUGGGUCUGUUAACUGGGAAAUAAGUACUUGGGGCUAUUGGUGUAUUGCUGCCGAAAAUGAAACCCACAAGAUUGAAUUAGAAGGAAAAACCGACGAGCCUGGUUCACCGUUGCGUGCUCCUACAUCAGAACGUGGCCUUGACACAGCUUGCAAGGAUACAUGUUUUGGUACCUUGAAAUUGCAAAUGUGGGAAAGAAGAUUUGAUGGCAGCAAGGGCAAGAUUGUAUUGGAUGUCACAAGUAACAUGGCAGCAUUGGAAGUUGGAGGAGGACCUUGGUUUAACACAUGGAAGGGAGAGACUACAACCCCAGAAAUCCUCAAGCGUGCUCUUACAACACCUAUAGAUGUGGAUCAGGCUUUUAACUUGCUUCCACUAUUCAAACCACCGGGCUUGUAGCUGACGAUCAUCACUUGCCGUACGGUGAACUGAAUCAUCGAGGUCGUGCUGGUUCGGGCAACCUUUGCAGGUAGAGCUACUUUUCUAUGAAAGGGUUCAGCUCAUUUUCAGUUGAAAACAUGUGAAAAUAUUUUGAGUACAGACCUUUGCAGAGCAAAGUAUAUAUAGUCAUCAAUUCUUGUGGAGCUGGAAUGGUUGUCAGGAGAGCCAAUAUGCAAUAGUUUUAUAAAAUUGUUUAUGUGCGCCCUCCUCAACUUAUUUAUGUAUUUAAUAGAUCUUAUUAAAUAGUAAAAAAGUUCAACCU